AUGGACCAAACAGACACCUUUGAUCCUGAACUUUGUGCGAAACUGCAUAAUGAGAUCUUGGAGAUAGGCUGGGAGGCUGCGUAUCAUGAACUCGGCUUUGAGCAGGCUGCUCCCAGCACCUGGUGGGAUCGCCAUGGGGAAGAGUGCGAGACGUCUGGAGUCGCUGCACGACUGACUCCCCAAGUCAUUCAGUUUCUCAAAUUGGCCCGAGAGAUUGAGCCCCAACUCUGCAACUUUGAGACUGGCUAUGCCAACUUUUUCUACUAUAUUUCGGGCCUUGCGCCACCUUCAGAGUUGCUCGUUGACGAAGCGAUGUUUGGAAGUGGAAUCAUACGUCUGUAUUAUGUCACGGGCCUGGAAAGUCAUCCCUUUGGCGUCAUUCUCAACCAGAAUACUUUUAGGGUACAGGCAGUAUAUUCGUUGACAAUGCAUGAUGAACAAACGCCCUGGAUAUCUCUGCAAUCUCUCCUGGGUGGAUAUUUGGACAUGAUCCGACUCGGAAAGAUCACCGCGGGCGAGGAAGAGUCUGACUCUGACGAGAAGCCCCAACGCCCAUGGGUGCUCCAUUCGCACAGUGAACAAGUCUUGGAUCGAACUGUUGAGGCUUUCGCAAGCCUACUCAAAGCUAUUCAGGACCGAAUGCCUAGCGUUGAGUCGAUUUCGGAUGACAUUCCUGCGAAAGCGCAAGCCAUUGAUCAAGCUAUAUCAUUAUUAUUCCCCACGACACGAGCCACAUUCGUAUUCAAGCUUCUUAGGAAGAUUCGGGAUCUUGUAGCUUCCGCUUCGCCGCACUUACGGUUCAUUGCACCUGGAAUACGUAUCCUAAACUCGGACGAUCUGAUGAAGCAGCCGUACCAAAAGAUUGACUUUCACAAAAGCAUCUACAACAAUCCUAUACUCAUUCUUCCAGCCGAGGAAAGCGAUGGUACAAAGGCCGUGACUCCUCGAUUUGAUCACUAUCGCAAUCCAUUUCCCAGACCAUACUCUAAUGCUCGAUCAUUAUACGACUGUGGCCUUUGGAUUAGUGAGUCCCGGUUUGAUUCAGCCGAGUUCGACGACCAAUGCCGCCUGGUGCUGCCCCAGUCCGCCACUGGUAGCUUGGAUACAGAUGCCGUUCACUAUGCGCGGAGUACGGAUGGUGUCCUUUUGGACAGUCGAGACGGACCGGGCUUCAACACCGGGCUUUAUCAGACAAAGGUCAACCCGUUCAUCUCUCGCAACCACGAUGUGGAGUUGUUCCGUGUGCUGGAGAACUGGGUGGAACUGGUUGAAAGCGGAGUUUGGCAGGUUGACGAAAAUGGAGUUGCAGGAGGAAUAGAGAAAUGGCGGGAAGCUGACAGAGACGAGGAGAAGAGUCUUAAGUAUAGGAUCCCCCUGACAUGGUAG